AUGCUGCUCGGGCCGCCGCCGCCCCGGGACUUGGCGGGGCGCGGGCGCAACUCCGCGGCGCGCCCAACUUCGGCCUCGGGCUCGGGGCUCGGGGCUCCGGGCUCCGGGCGCGCCGCGGAGCGGAGUUGCGGGGUUGUCCGCUCGCAUGGACGGCGGCUGCCCGGGGGGCGCCGCUGCUCACGACGCGUCCCGGCCGCGGGGCUGCUGCGGGCCGAGCGCGCGGGGCCUGGGCGCCGAGCCCCGAAGAGUCAUCCCCGGCGCGGGCCGCGGGCGCAGCGGCGGGCGCAGGCAGGAACGGCCCGCGGCCCGCGCCCCAUGUCGCCGCCGCCGCCUCCGGACGCUCCUUCCCCGGGAGGCCAGCCGCUGAGCCGACCCCGCCGAGCCGGCCGAGCCGAGCCGAGCGUCUCCGCGCGGCUGGCUUCAGUGCGCGGGGCGCAGCUCGCUCAUUGUGCGCCGGCCGGCCUGGCCGGGCGAGGCAGGCGGUGCUUUUCCUCCCGCACUUGGUCUAGGAGGAAGAAAAGCAAACAAGACAGAGCGGUGAAGCCCCCGCACGCGCGCCCGCCGCGCCCGGGUGGGCGAUGCGAUGCGAUACGAUACGAUGCCACCGGGCGCCGAGGCACCUUUUCCCCCAACAGGCCGAUCCAACAGUGUCACCCCAACCGGGGCGCCGCCGGCUGCCCCGCGCUCCCCCGGGGGGCUCGGCCGCCGCACUCGCCGCUGCUUCCCAUGCGAGAGGAGGCUAGAGCCGCUAAACAAUAUGACAAGAAGAAAAGAAAUCUCAAUACAGCAGAACCUAUAAAAGAUGGCACGUUGCAGAGAGACACAACCAAAAGUGACUCUUGGCGACUGGAAAUUCUCCGGGGCUGCGAGGGUCUUGGGCAUUCCAAGUUCUGAAGACACUAGUUCCUGAGGGUCCUUAAACCUGAGCCUAAAAACCUAGGAAUCGCUACAGCUUGCUUCCAUCCCACGCAGGUGUACACACACACACACACACACACACACACACACAC